AUGGUGGUGCGCAAAUCUUUGCGUUGGGCAUUCCGUGUCACCGACUGGAACCCCGACCCAACCCAGUGGUCCCAACUCGCGUCGUUUGUGUCAACUGUUGAGAAGGAACGGAUUCAACGAUUCGUAUUCCAACGUGACGCGAAAUCCGCGCUGAUUGGCCGACUAUUGGCGAGACGGGCAGUGUGUGAAUCAUUGAGUAUUCCCUGGAAUGAGAUCAUUCUCGAGAGAACCGAACGUGGAAGGCCAUUUGUGCCGCAUUGUGAAUCCUUCGACUUCAACGUAACGCAUCACGGGGAUUGGGUUCUUUUGGCUGCCGAAUCGUUUCCCAAAUUCUCAUCAUCGUCUCCUCCGAUUAUUCCGAGAGUCGGUGUUGAUGUUAUGAAGCUCGAAUCUCGCGAUCGUUCCCCGUUGGAUUUUGUAACGAUUUUCAAACGCCAAUUGAGCGUCAGAGAGUGGGAUUACGUAGUUGGUGAUCGGGAUUACGUCUUGAACAGAUUCUAUCGCAUUUGGUGCCUCAAGGAGAGUUACUUGAAAGCGGACGGAUGCGGAAUCAGUCGAGAUCUGCCCAGUGUCGACUUCUGUCCCAAGUCUGUGUUGAAUUAUGAUUACAACUGCUCCAUCGUCGCGGAUACGACAGUCGACUUACCCGAAACUCUGAAAGACACGAGUUGGAAUUUUCAUGAGGGGUUCCUGGAUAAAGAUCAUUGCUGGGCAGUGUGUCUGAACUCGGAAAUUGUACGAUUUGUUGAUCCUGAGAAUUUCCAACGAGUAACAAUCGAGGAUUUGGUGUCCGAUGCGCUAUCAGUGAAUGGAAUCGAUAAAGUCGAUGGAGUGGAUUUUCUCGACAAAGAUCCUUGUUGGGCGGUGUGUCUAAACUCGGAGAUUGUGCGAUUUGUUGAUCGUGAGAAUUUCAAACGAGUAACUAUCGAGAAUUAUGUGAAUGAAAUCGAUGGUGGAGGAGCAUGGACUGCGGAAACGUCGGAUUUCGAGCAGCAGCUCACGAUAGAUCUGGGCAGCCAGAUGCAAAUUAGCUCGAUCGCCACUCAAGGGCGACAAUACAGUUCAGAAUUUGUCAUGGAGUACAUGAUAAGCUAUGGGUCCAAUGGAUUGGACUUCGCAUAUUAUCGCGGAUUCGACGGGAGUCCGAAGGUGAGCCCUCGGGUGUAUGGUGCAGGCUCUUGGUCUGCCGCAGGGCAGGAUUUCUACCAAAAGCUGUUCAUUAAGCUGAGUAGGGUUUCGGUGAUCAAACGCAUUGCGACCCGGGGAGACGGUCGAGACGACUCCUACGUGAAGGCCUUUACGCUUGAUUACAGUGUUGAUGGAGACCAAUGGGUCGCAUUUAACGAGCCUGGUUUCGGCGCAAAGGUCUCGAGAAGCGGAUUGCUUUUUUCUCGCAAAUCUCGUGUGGCAACAUUCAAGGGAAAUACGGACUCGAAUUCAUUGUACGUCAACAUCUUCGACCCUCCCAUUGUUGCCCAAUGGAUAAGAAUCAACCCGACCCGGUGGCAAGAUCGCAUAUCGAUGCGUCUGGAGCUCUAUGGUUGUACCUACAAUCCGGAUCCGAAAGCUGUUGGGUUAGACGGUGUGACCUAUUUUGAGCGUCGUGUGGGAGAAGAUCGGGAACGUUAUGAUCGACCUAUAGAAUUCCUGUCGUACGACCACCCUUUACUGAGGGAUGAAAUCAGAUUUCGUUUCAAAACCAAUGAGGCGGACGGUGUGAUUCUCUACGGCUGGGGAAAGCAAAACGACGUCUUGGCUGUACAAUUGGUUGACAACCGGCUGUUCUUGAAUGUCGGACUAGGUGGAAGAGAGUUGACCUCAUUAUCCGUCGGAAGCCUGUUGGACGACGGCAUUUGGCAUGACGUCUUCAUAUCCAGAGAUAAACGGUCCGUGACUUUGAGCGUCGAUCGUGUCGUGGUUUCGAAAAGCAUCCAGGGCAAUUUCCAGCGCCUGAACAUCGACUUUGCGUGGUACGUUGCCGGUGUUCCGAGCAAGAAGCGUGGAUUGGACACAAUCCGGCAUUUCAAGGGUUGCUUAGAAAGCUUGUACAUCAACAGACAUAAUUUUUUCACUGAAAAUCCUUGGCGACCUGAUCAAGCUUGGUUGAUUGUCCGGGAAUCCGCGCAAGCGUCUGUCAAUUCGAACAGCAUCGGAUACGAUACCGAGCCUGCGUUUGUGAGACAUGACAAAUUCAUGAGUGACAUUCGACGGCAACUGUGCAACGAACAACAAAUCGUUCCUGUGACUUUUUUGACGAGUGAAUCCCAUGUCAAGCUGAAGGGCUACGAAGCCUUGGAAAGUCUCAGUAUUUCUUUCGAGUUCAGAACGUUUGAAAUGGAAGGAACACUCGUGUAUCACAAGUUUUACAGUGACGGAUAUGUAAAGUUAUAUUUGCAAGAAGGCUAUUACGUGGUGGAUAUCGUUACCAAGGGAAGUCCUGGUAUAAUCACAGCGAACAACUUUUUGUUGCCUGUGAAUGACGGCAAGUGGCAUCACGUCGAGCUUCAAAUCAGGAAGAAUAAGAUGGUCAGUGAUCUGGAUUUCCGGCCUGUGGAAACGGUUCGCGAAAUGGACAUCAAAACUGGAGCCUAUUAUUAUUUUGCCGGUGGUAUGAAAGGUUCCAAGGGCUUCAUUGGUUGCAUGAAGAGCAUCGUGGUCGAUGGGAAUAAUCAGUUUCCGUUGAAAGCGAAUCCCGGCGAAAUGAAGAAGUCGAUAGAGAUUGACGUGGAUGGCAGUGGACCUUUGACCCCGUUUCCGGUUACCUGUACCUUGAAUGAAGACGAGGUUUACACAACGGUGGAAAGGAAAACCCGUGGAGCAAUUCGUUUUAGCGAAGAAUCUGGACCCGAACGAAUUCAUUAUCCGGUGGAAUAUGAUGCAGGGCUGGACGAGAUGGAUUUGCUGAUUGAUAGAUCAGUAGCGUGCGAACAACACGUCGCAUAUACGUGCAAAAAUGGGGCACCAUUGUUCGGGCAAGAUUCU